GUGAAAGAGAAAGAGAGCGGUUAAAAGACUACAAGAGGAGCCUGAUAGAAAUAUUAGGAAGAAGAACAAAUUUAUAUGAAGAGCUAAAUAAAUGAGUUAAAAACAGUGGGAGGAGCCUAAUAAGAAAAAAGAACAAAGGUUGUGGCAACAGCAGGCAUGACUGAGAAGAAAUAGAGGCAGACACAAUGAAGAUAUGGACUUGCUGUCAGAUGCACACUGUUCUUCAGCAGUAAAACGUGUUUGCUGUAUUAGAUAAGGAGCAAGGCUUGUAGGAGUCAGCUACAGUGGAGUCAGCUGUGAACGCUGUUGUGUGUUUACAGAAGUUGACGGCAAGAUUGGAGUUUCCUGUUCUUAAACAGGCAGUGCACUGUGCUAAAAGCAUCGACUGAAACAAGCUGCCCUGACUAAAGCAGGUUCUGACAGUGACCGUCACCAUGGAGGAGAGGGAGCGGCAGUGUAAUGUAGAGGAAAGAAGUGAUGUUGAAUCCCCCACAGGACAGUCAGCCAUGGCAGAAGAGCGAAGAAGAACAUCCACAUGGAGGAAUGGUCAGUGUGUGGCAUCUGUGUCCACUUCCUCUUGGUUGACUCCCACGUUUGACUUUUCACACUGCAGGAGUCUUUUGGAAACCAAUGGCUUUCAGAUUCCAGCAGAAGAUUUUGAAGGUCCACUUCAUUUAGCGCUGGACCAUCCGUCCGUCAAAAGAUACCUGCUUUUCAACUCCAAUUUUUUUAAUUUCAUCCUGGCACCAUUGUUGUAUCUGGUGCUGUGGUGUGCUGUGUACUCGACCCUUCACAUGUACCUUGGAGGCAGCACAGCGAACAUCUGGGUACUCUGUCUGUGUGUCAGUCUGUUGUCCAUAAUCCUCACCGCUGCCAUCAUCCUCAUCUUCCACUACAGCAACAAAGAGAUCAACAUGAACACAGAUGUGCGUUUGGUGGGGGUUAAUGAGCACAUGGUCAGGAACGGGCUGCUGUUGGGAGUGGCCGACUGGGUGCAUAAAUGCAGAGGAAAACUGCAGCUCUUCUGUGUAUACUGGGACUUGUCCCCGUGUCUGAAUUGUCUGGUGGAAGCACUUGAUGACAUGAGUUUUGUCAGGGAUCAAGUACAGAACAAACUCAAGAAAAGAAUGUCCCACCUAGUUCUAGUGACUGAGGUCGCGACCCUGGAUCCCGAGGAUGGAUUACAGGACGAGGAGGUUCCAGAAGAAGAGCGCCCCCUGCUGGUGGAGGGACGAGAGAGAAGUUCAUCAACCAGUCAAAGGGAGGACUCUAAACUCACAAAACACUUCAGCUUGAUGCCUGAUGCCACUCUCUCAAAUCAGGAUAUUGCUUACCAGCUCCUGAUGACCUACGGUGCACUUUAUGUCAGACUGCUAGUCUCAAACAAGCUUCCUGCUCCUUCCCGGCGGCCUUCAGCUGCAGGGAAAAAUCAUUGCACAUCAUCUCUGUGUUUGUGUGAGUAUGUGGAGUUAAAGGUCCUGCAGUAGAUGGAACAUGACAAUCAAAUCUCACAUUAAAAAGUAUUAGUCAUCUUCUGUGGGAUGAUUAUUUUGCUGUCAAUUAUGAUAUAGCCACAGACUGUUCUUGCUGCUCUUGAAACUGUCAUGAUUUCAUCUGUGUAUCGAAAUAUAUAUUUGUUUCCUGA